UGUUUUGUUUUUGAGUUUAUAAUUUAAAAAUGACUGUAUUUUUUCAAACUGGGAAAUUUUCUAUUAUACGAAAGUGUUUAAAUAAUCCUGUUUGCAACUCACUAUUUAUACGAAACUACUCAGAUCCUGUAAAAAAAUUUAAAAGUUUUAGCGAUGUAAUAGCUCAAAGAAAAGCUGAGGCUCGUCGCAGUCUCGUAGUUCAGGUUAAUUCUGAAACAUCAUUCAAUGAACUAUAUGGUUAUUGUUCAAAAUAUGCUUCAAUUAAAGACAUACACCAUUAUAGAAACUCAGAAAAAGAGCAUUUUAUGCUUAUUGAAUUUGAAACAGAAGAGAAUGUUAAAGAAGUUAUAAAAGCAUGUAGUUCUCAUCAAAAGGAUGUAGAUGUGAUGCCCAUCGAGUCUCCCUUCCUUUGGUUCAGAGCUGCUGUGAAUAAAAAAGAGUUACACACUUGUCCGAAAACAAAAAAACUUGCUACAAAAGAUGGUAUUGAGCCAAUUGAUGAUGAUUUGCUUUACGAGGAAUUGUUAAAUUGUGAGACAGUAACACAACAAAUACAACACUUGUAUGAGAGAACUAAGCUGAAUGACUUAGGUGUAAGACUCCGAUAUAUGGUAGCAAGGCAGUUUGAAAUAAUAUUCAAGAGUUUGUAUGCAAAUGUGGCCGUGCAACCGUUUGGUUCCUCCGUGAAUGGCUAUGGUCGGAUGGGUUGUGACCUAGAUCUGGUCCUUAGCAAUGUAAUAACUGAGGAAAUGAGCGACGCGCGGCGGCGGCUGGUGUACCAGGAGAAGCGCGAGGAGUGCGCAGGCGGCGGGCGCGGAGGCGCGCGGCAGCUGGAGCUGCUGGGUAUGCUGCUGGAGCUGCGCGUGCCGGGAGCGGGGGCGGUGCGCCGCGUGCUGGCCGCGCGCGUGCCCAUCCUCAAGUGCACGCAUCACCUCGCCGCACUGCACUGCGACCUCGCCGCAUCUAACACAUCUGGGGUGUACAUGUCAGAGUUACUGUGGCAGUUGGGAGCGCUGGACCCGCGCGUGCGGCCGCUGAUCUUCGUGGUGCGGCGCUGGGCGAGCGCGGUGGGCCUCACCAACUCCCACCCCGGCCGCUGGAUCACCAACUUCCCCCUCACCCUCAUGGUGCUGUUCUUCUUGCAGCAGAAGAGGAAGUCCGGCUUCAUUCUGCCUUCACUCAAACUUUUAGUUGAUAGAGCUGGUAAAGAGGACAUCAGGAUAGCGGAAGAGAACAUCAACUGCACAUUCCUGCGAGAUCUGAACAAGCUCCCUCAUGAGGAGUACGGACAGAGCGACGAGGACCUGCAUACGCUGCUGCUGCAGUUCUUCGAGUUCUACGCCCAGUUCGACUUCAAGGAGUACGCCAUCUCCAUCAAUAAAGGAGUGCCCAUCAGAAAACCAAAUGCUUUACCUCUGUACAUAGUGAAUCCUCUAGAGCAAGCCUUGAAUGUUAGCAGAAAUGUGAGUUACGAAGAGUGCGAAAGACUCCGUGCCGAAGUGAGGAAUGCAGCGUGGCUUCUAGAAGAAGGCCUGGAGGGAAAGAAGAGUGACGACUGGGGAGUGCUGCGGCUGAUUGAGAGGAAGGACUCUAGAAGUUUGAAGCAACUCCUCAAAGUCGGCAACUCUCACAGAUUAGUCUCAGUCAAAGACUUGUUCAAUGAAGAUGACGAGGAUGUACCAGUUACAAAGUCGAAGAAGACUGAUGCAGAAGUGGAUAAGAGUGUGAAGGAAAUGAGCAGAGUGACUGUAGAGAAAAAAGAACAGAAGAUAAAGUUUAAGAAUAGUCAAAUAGCAAAUGAAGUUUACAGAAUAAGAAGAAAUAAAAUUGUAUGAUCGGACAUGUGUUUGUUUAGUUUGAGAAAUACAAUACAAGAGUGAUGUGAUGCGUCCUCAGGUAAUGUGUUCACUAUUAAAGUGUGGAACCUCGUACAUAGAGUUAUAGAAAAAAUCAUUAGAUUGUUGAAAAACUGAACACAAUGUGUAUUAAGCUUGUUAUUUUCUUACAACUUUUUUAUCAAUUCAAUAUAGAACUGUAAUUAAUAUAAAAAGUUAUGAGAAAAUUGUGAAAGUGAAAGGAAAUAAAAGUUGUGUAAAUAAUUAUAUUUACUUUGUGACUGAUUGUGUUUUAUAAUCGGAACAGCGUCCCCAUUUUUUUACUAAAAUUAAUGGAUGGAAAUUGUAAAUAAAU